GGGCUGACGGGUUUGAAAUGGCUUCGAUGUUAGCCGGGACCCGACUCAGGUGAAGGUCUGGUCCCCCUAGUUGGAGCGGUGGGCGGCCACGCCGGGUCUCUUAACAUCCUGUUGGAUCUGUGGAAGGGCCAGGAACGAUCUUUUGGGUAGCCCGGCGGCCCCGGGCGGCGACGGUGGGGCUCUUGUGGGACUGGGACGGGAGGGACGCGGUCCCUUUUGUGCGGGUCGGAGCAGGCCCGGCGCGGCCAGCCCCUCCCCCACCACUUGGCUCCUCAGGUGCCCCCAGCGCCCCUCAGCCUCGGCAUGGCGACGCUGCCGUCCGCCGCCCCAUUGCUCCCGAGCCGCUGCGGUUUUACUGUCCUGGCCCCCCGGCCCGGGACAUCGUGGCGGCUCCCGGCGGCGUGGGUCUUGGGGAAUAGAGGCUUUCUCCGUGCGUGGUAAACGAGCCCAGGGCUCUUGGGAUCCAUCGAGUGUCGUGGGGCGGUGGGUUCCGCCUUCCGUCGCCGGCGGCCGGCACGGAGCUGGGACUGGAAGAAGAUGGACGGCCGGGCUCUGGCCCUUGAGGGUCGCGGCGGCCGAGGAGGGGGUGCGCGGGCGGAGAAUCUUCGCCUUUUCUGAUCGAUGCUAUAGAAGACAAACAAGGGAAGGUUUUUUUCCUUUUGCAUCAUGGCUCAGUUUGGAGGACAGAAGAAUCCACCAUGGGCUACUCAGUUUACAGCCACUGCGGUAUCACAGCCAGCUGCACUGGGUGUUCAACAGCCAUCACUCCUUGGAGCAUCUCCUACCAUUUACACACAGCAAACUGCAUUGGCGGCAGCAGGCCUUACCACACAAACUCCAGCAAACUAUCAGUUAACACAAACCGCUGCAUUGCAGCAACAAGCCGCAGCUGCAGCAGCUGCAUUACAACAGCAAUAUUCACAACCUCAGCAGGCCCUGUAUAGUGUGCAACAACAGUUACAGCAACCCCAGCAAACCCUCUUAACACAGCCAGCUGUUGCACUGCCUACAAGCCUUAGCCUGUCUACUCCUCAGCCAACAGCACAAAUAACUGUAUCAUAUCCAACACCAAGGUCCAGUCAACAGCAGACCCAGCCUCAGAAGCAGCGUGUUUUCACAGGGGUGGUUACAAAACUACAUGAUACAUUUGGAUUUGUGGAUGAAGAUGUAUUCUUUCAGCUUAGUGCCGUCAAAGGGAAAACCCCCCAAGUAGGUGACAGAGUAUUGGUUGAAGCUACGUAUAAUCCUAAUAUGCCUUUUAAAUGGAAUGCACAGAGAAUUCAAACACUACCAAAUCAGAAUCAGUCGCAAACCCAGCCAUUACUGAAGACUCCUCCUGCUGUACUUCAGCCAAUUGCACCACAGACAACAUUUGGUGUUCAGACUCAGCCCCAGCCCCAGUCACUGCUGCAGGCACAGAUUUCAGCAGCUUCUAUUACACCACUAUUGCAGACUCAACCACAGCCCUUAUUACAGCAGCCUCAGCAGAAAGCUGGUUUAUUGCAGCCUCCUGUUCGUAUAGUUUCACAACCACAACCGGCACGACGAUUAGAUCCCCCAUCCCGAUUUUCAGGAAGAAAUGACAGAGGGGAUCAAGUGCCUAACAGAAAAGAUGAUCGAAGUCGUGAGAGAGAGAGAGAAAGACGUAGAUCAAGAGAAAGAUCACCUCAGAGGAAACGUUCCCGGGAAAGAUCUCCACGAAGAGAGCGAGAGCGAUCACCUCGGAGAGUUCGACGUGUUGUUCCACGUUACACAGUUCAGUUUUCAAAGUUUUCUUUAGAUUGUCCCAGUUGUGACAUGAUGGAACUAAGGCGCCGUUAUCAGAAUUUGUAUAUACCUAGUGACUUUUUUGAUGCUCAGUUUACAUGGGUGGAUGCUUUCCCUUUGUCAAGACCAUUUCAGCUGGGAAAUUACUGCAAUUUUUAUGUAAUGCACAGAGAAGUAGAGUCCUUAGAAAAAAAUAUGGCCAUUCUUGAUCCACCAGAUGCCGACCACUUAUACAGUGCAAAGGUAAUGCUGAUGGCUAGCCCUAGUAUGGAAGAUUUAUAUCAUAAGUCAUGUGCUCUUGCUGAAGACCCACAAGAACUUCGAGAUGGAUUCCAACAUCCUGCUAGACUUGUUAAGUUUUUAGUGGGCAUGAAAGGCAAGGAUGAAGCUAUGGCCAUUGGAGGCCACUGGUCUCCUUCGUUGGAUGGACCAGACCCAGAAAAAGAUCCCUCUGUGUUGAUUAAGACUGCUAUUCGUUGUUGUAAGGCUCUGACAGGCAUUGAUCUAAGUGUGUGCACACAAUGGUACCGUUUUGCAGAGAUUCGCUACCAUCGCCCUGAGGAGACCCACAAGGGGCGUACAGUUCCAGCUCAUGUGGAGACAGUGGUUUUAUUUUUCCCGGAUGUUUGGCAUUGCCUUCCCACCCGCUCAGAGUGGGAAACCCUCUCCCGAGGAUACAAGCAGCAGCUGGUCGAGAAGCUUCAGGGUGAACGCAAGGAGGCUGAUGGAGAACAGGAUGAAGAAGAGAAGGAUGAUGGUGAAGCUAAAGAAAUUUCUACACCUACCCAUUGGUCUAAACUUGAUCCAAAGACAAUGAAGGUAAAUGACCUCCGAAAAGAAUUAGAAAGUCGAGCUCUUAGUUCCAAAGGAUUAAAAUCCCAGUUAAUAGCCCGAUUGACAAAACAGCUUAAAGUAGAGGAACAAAAAGAAGAACAGAAGGAGUUAGAGAAAUCUGAAAAAGAAGAGGAUGAAGAUGAUGAUAGGAAAUCUGAAGACGAUAAAGAGGAAGAAGAAAGGAAACGUCAAGAGGAAAUAGAACGCCAGCGUCGAGAAAGAAGAUAUAUUUUGCCUGAUGAACCGGCCAUCAUUGUACAUCCAAAUUGGGCUGCAAAAAGUGGCAAGUUUGAUUGUAGCAUCAUGUCUUUGAGUGUCCUAUUGGACUACAGAUUAGAGGAUAAUAAAGAACAUUCAUUUGAGGUUUCAUUGUUUGCGGAACUUUUCAAUGAAAUGCUUCAAAGAGACUUUGGUGUCCGUAUAUACAAAUCAUUACUGUCUCUUCCUGAGAAAGAGGACAAAAAAGAAAAGGAUAAAAAAAGCAAAAAAGAUGAGAGAAAAGAUAAAAAAGAAGAAAGAGAUGAUGAAACUGACGAGCCAAAACCCAAACAGAGAAAAUCAGGCGAUGAUAAAGAUAAAAAAGAAGAUAGAGAUGAAAGGAAGAAAGAAGAUAAAAGAAAAGAUGAUUCUAAAGAUGAUGAUGAAACUGAAGAAGAUAACAAUCAAGAUGAAUAUGACCCUAUGGAAGCAGAAGAAGCUGAGGAUGAAGAAGAUGAUAGGGAUGAGGAAGAAAUGACCAAACGAGAUGACAAAAGAGAUAUCAACAGAUACUGCAAGGAGAGGCCCUCUAAAGAUAAGGAAAAAGAAAAGACUCAAAUGAUCACAAUUAACAGAGAUCUGUUAAUGGCUUUUGUUUAUUUUGAUCAAAGUCAUUGUGGUUACCUUCUUGAAAAGGAUUUGGAAGAAAUACUUUAUACUCUUGGACUACAUCUUUCUCGGGCUCAGGUAAAGAAGCUUCUUAAUAAAGUAGUGCUCCGUGAAUCUUGCUUUUACCGGAAAUUAACAGACACCUCAAAAGAUGAAGAGACCCAUGAAGAGUCUGAGUCAUUGCAGGAAGAUAUGCUAGGAAACAGAUUAUUACUUCCAACACCAACAGUAAAGCAGGAAUCAAAGGAUGUGGAAGAAAAUGUCGGCCUCAUUGUGUACAAUGGUGCAAUGGUAGAUGUAGGAAGCCUCUUGCAAAAAUUGGAAAAGAGCGAAAAAGUAAGAGCUGAGGUAGAACAGAAGUUGCAGUUACUAGAAGAAAAAACAGAUGAAGAUGAAAAAACCAUAUUAAAUUUGGAGAAUUCCAACAAAAGCCUCUCUGGUGAACUCAGAGAAGUUAAAAAGGACCUUAGUCAGUUACAAGAAAACUUAAAGAUUUCAGAAAACAUGAAUUUACAAUUUGAAAACCAACUGAAUAAAACAAUCAGAAACUUAUCUACGGUAAUGGAUGAAAUCCACACUGUUCUCAAGAAGGAUAAUGUAAAGAAUGAAGACAAAGAUCAAAAAUCCAAGGAGAAUGGUGCAAGUGUAUGAUAAAAUCCAUGUAGUGAGGAGGAAUGGUGUUAAAUAAUGUAAUAUAUAAAAAUCAUGAUAUAAGAAUGUUUGAAGGUGUUGCAUGUUUGAUUUUAGUAGUAUGUCUUUUAGUUCAAAUGAUGUAUAAAGUUUUAUGAAUGUGAGUUUCUGCUUUUGAAAAUUGCUUGUAAUUCCUAGCCUUCAAAUUAUUAAACACUCCUUGAGUGAAAUAAUUUUGCAUUGCAAAGUGUUUUAGGAUGAACUUUGUUAUAGUUUUAACUCCAAUAAAGUUCAUCAGUUUAA